AUGGCUGUAGUACUCUCUGUCCUUGGCAGCUGGGUUUCCAUGAACCCCAUUUCCAAUAUCCUUCUACUAAUUCUGGUCUUCUUCAUUCCACCUCAUAUGGCUCUUUCUUUAACUUUUGUCAAGAUCCCCUUGCCAUCAGGUGUCACUGCUGCUGCAUCCAUUGGCUUUCCUACCGCCCUUCCUAAAGACUUCUAUGUGAGUGUCCAAGAUGGUCGAAUCCUCAAAUAUCAAGCAGCCACUUCUAAUUUCUCAGAUUUUGCCACUACAGGGAAUAGGUCCAAGGCGGUAUGUGAUGGCCAAACUAGUGGAGACUUGGAACCAAGAUGUGGGAGGCCAUUAAGUUUAGAGUACAACCGUGCACCCAACCAGCUCUUUAUUGCUGAUGCAUACUAUGGUAUCUUGGUGGCUGGGACUGACGGAAGGCUGGCAACCCAGCUUGCUUCUGCCGUAAAUGGUGUGCCCUUCCGGAAUAUUGAACAGGCAGUUCUGAAUAAUGACAGAACAGGAAGUUUACUGAAAUAUGAUAUGAAGACAAAACAGGUAACUGUGUUGCUAAGGGGGCUUUCCGGAGCUGCCGGGGAUGCAGUCAAUGCAAAUGGUGAUUCUAUUCUGGUCUCAGAGCUUAUAGGAGGAAGAAUUCAGAGGUUUUGGCUUGAAGGUCCCCAGAUUUAUACUGCUGAAACUCUCAUAAUCUUCCCAGGAAGGCCGAAUAAGAUAAGGAGGACACCAGGGGGAGACUUCUUUUGGGUAGCUGUGAAUAUAUUUAAACCAGAUUCACAAGAAACUGUGCCCACCAGGAUAAGGAUCAAUCGAGACGGAAAUAUUAUGGAAAAAGUGUCACUUGAAAAUGAAUAUAACACCACGAGAAUCACUGGAGUUGUGCAGUUUGCUGGGGCUAGUUACUAUGUAGCGUCUCGAUAUACCAACUUUGUUGGUCUCUAUAAGUACACCUAA